UCAAACGGAGGUUGACGGAACGCGUACCGCGAUUUGAAUACGGGUUGCCAAGCCGAACACUUUACGCGCGUCGCAAACCGUUUUCCCGUUCUCGUUUCACCGGUGUAAUGGACACGGUCCCACGUCGUUCCGAAUCGACUUGUUAGUACGACCGACCGACGUGACGACCGUGCCCGACGAUACCGCCGUCGCUCCGAAUCUCAGCAGUACGCGCCGACCGGCGACCAUUGUGCCGACCACGUCGUCGUUUCGUUCACCCCCCCGUUUUACCUAGCCUGCCUACAAAAUGAUUUUCAAUCCCAUUCUGUUCGUCGUCGUCCAUCUGUUGACGUUUUGCGUACUCGUCUUCUGUCAGAAUUAUUAUGACAUAUUGAAUGUUCCACGCACGGCUAAGCAGAAUCAAAUAAAAUCAGCAUUUCGUAAAAUGGCAAAACUGCUUCAUCCUGAUAAAAAUCAAAAUGAUCCAGAAGCAGCUGAAAAGUUUUCAAAAUUACGAAAUGCAUAUGAAGUAUUAUCUGAUGAAAAAAUGCGGAAAGAUUAUGAUAGAUGUGGUGAGCAGUGUGUUAAAAAAGAUAGCAUGGCUUCUGGUCAUGAUCCAUUCGCCAGCUUUUUUGGAGACUUUGGUUUUCAUUUUGAUGAUUCAUCUGGACAAAAAGAAAUUCCUAAAGGUGGCACUAUAGUUUUAGACUUGCAUGUUUCUUUAGAAGAAUUAUAUAAUGGUAACUUUAUUCAGGUUACAAGAAAUAAGCCUGUCAUAAAACCAGCUCAUGGUACUAGACAAUGUAAUUGUCGACAAGAAAUGAUUACUAAACAGUUAGGCCCGGGCCGUUUUCAAAUGAUGCAACAAAAUGUUUGUGAUGAAUGUCCCAAUGUAAAACUUGUUACUGAAGAAAGUAUGUUAGAAAUAGAAGUGGAACCUGGUAUGAAAGAUGGCCAGGAAACAAAGUUUACUGCAGAAGGAGAACCACAUAUCGAUGGUGAACCAGGUGAUCUUAUUUUUAAAAUAAAAACAAACCCACAUUCAGUAUUUGAAAGACGAGGUGAUGAUUUGUAUACAAAUUUGACAAUAACUUUACAGGAUGCAUUAAUUGGCUUCCGAACAGAGAUAACUCAAUUAGAUGGUCGGAAAAUUUCAAUAGAACGAGAUACUGUAACUUGGCCUGGUGCAAAAAUUCGGAAAAAAGGUGAAGGUAUGCCAAAUUAUGAUAACAACAACUUGCAUGGUAAUCUUAUUAUCACCAUUGAUGUCCAAUUCCCUAAAAAUAACUUCAGCGAACAAGAUCAAGAAGAUCUCAAGAGAAUAUUAGGUCAAAACUCGAUUAAUAAGUUAUACAAUGGCCUAAAUGGAUACUAAGAAGAAUAUCUUUCAAGUCACUAGUGCCACAAAAGAUAUUUUCUUAUUAUAACUCUGUGAUGUAAUUAAUUGAUCGUAGACUAUUAUGUAUAUUACUUUAAUAAAUGUGUGCUUAUGAGUUAA